AAACUUGCUCAGGAAGAGCAGGGGAUAUGUGGAGAACAGAGGCCUGUGCCACUAAAAUCACACAUCUCUAGAAAGAGUUCCUGUUUUUUUCACCCUCCACACUGGCACCAGUUUUGGGAAAACAAGUCUACGUUCCUGGUGUAUGAGACUUUAGGUAUCACACUGGGACUUGGGACUGCCUCUUCAAGGGACAAAAGAAGAAGGCUUUCCAAGCCCUGGGUCACCCACCAAACCCCAUAAAAAGAAAAUAAUAAGGCAAAGGAAGUAAAUCAUCAUCUUUUGGGCUGAAACUUGAUCCAGCCACCUUCGCGGUAAGAGAAAAAGCACUGUGGAGCAUGUGUGACUGCUGAGAGGAGCUGUUGAGAACACUGCAGAGGAGCCACUUGCCUGUUCAGACCUCCCCCCCCACCAAUCCUGCAAGGCUGGCCCCCAUCAUGUCAACAGAAGUUGAGAGCAGCGUAAACAACCAGGCCGAGCCGGCCCUCGUCAAAACCCCCUCCAAGAAAGAGAAGAAGAAAGGCCCAGAGAAGACCGAUGAAUUCCUGCUGGCCAGGUUCAAAGGUGAUGGAGUGCGAUAUAAAGCCAAACUGAUUGGCAUAGAUGAUGUUCCGGAGGCCAGAGGGGACAAAAUGAGUCAGGACUCCAUGAUGAAACUGAAGGGCAUGGCAGUCGCUGCUCGCUCCCAGGGAAAGCACAAACAGAGAAUUUGGGUCAAUAUAUCUUUAACCGGGAUGAAAAUUAUUGACGAGAAAUCUGGGGUAAUAGAACAUGAACACGCAGUGAAUAAGAUCUCCUUCAUUGCGCGGGAUGUAACCGACAACCGGGCCUUUGGCUAUGUGUGUGGUGCAGAGGGCCAGCACCAGUUUUUUGCCAUAAAAACUGCCCAGCAAGCUGAGCCUCUUGUUAUUGACUUGAAGGACCUUUUUCAGUUAAUUUUCAAUAUGAAGAAGAAAGAAGCAGAGGGUCCUAAGACGGAUGAAACUGGUAGCAAGGUGAUAGAGAAUGGCGGUGAUGCCUUGCUUAGUACUGAAGGACAGGAGAAUAAAAGCGUUGAACAUCUGGACCUGUUUGGAGACAUGUCGACCCCACCCGACAUACACUCUCCUUCAGAGACAAAAGAUUUCCUAUUGCUGGAUCUAUCCACUGACAUUGACAGCAAUCAGAACUGUGUAAAUGGAAAUCCCUUCGCCACUUCCUGUUCCUCUGUGCUUUGGGCCAGGCCUCAGCCCAGCUCCUCGCCUGAAAAUCCCUUCUCCUCCCAGCCCAACUUCUUUCCCUCUCCCAUUCCUGACCCUUUCAUCGAUGAUCCCUUCUGCAAAAAUGGCCAGUCUGCACACCCCAGCUCUGUCAUAGGCUCUCUCAGUCUUGGGCAGGAGAGUUCAAAUCAUUUCCUUAGCAAGCCAAAGGUGAAUGGUGGUCAGAAUGGCGACUCUGACUACUUUGGUCAGCGGUUUGAUCAGGUAUCCAGUAGGACUGUCAUCCAGGCACUGACUGACGGCCAGUGGCCGCUGGGUGGUAAGCCAUCGGAAGCAGCCCCCUGGACUGAAAGUGACGUCCCUGUGAAGGAGCAGAGUGGUAUGCUUAGCAAACCCUUUUUUGAAGCCUGUGAUAAAAGCCUGCCCUUGCAAAACGGUGAGAAACACGAGCUGGUGGGCAUGCCGGAGCCCUCCUUCCCCCCGGCCAAGGAUUCGGUGAUCAUUAGCCCUCCUCCGCUCAACACUAAAGCCGGACGAGGACGGAGGAGUGCGAAGUCUCCUACAAAUGACCUUUUUGGAGCAGACCUGUUUGCUUCACCCAGCCAGACAGAAGCCCAGCCUGAUGCUGCACAACCCAAUCCAGUGGAUCUCUUCAAUAGUGGCCCAGUCAACCAUACCAACCCCCUGGCCGCUCUGGGUACCAUGCAGCUGGGACAAGCCUCUGUCCCCUCUGCCUCUGGGACAGCCCCUUGGAGGCCACCUGGCCCCACCAUGUUCUCCAUCCCAGGUGUUCCACAGGUCACAAUGGGAGGUCCCCAACCGUCACCAUUCGGAGGCCCACCUGUGCCAGCGUGGGGACAGACUGCUCCAGCCUUCGGUGUUCCACCUGGCCCCCAGCCCCCUGCCUGGGGCCAGAGGCCUGCCCCAGGGCCUCCCGGAGCCUGGCCCCAGCCCUCUCCCCUGACUAACCCUUUCCAGCCAAGCAUGUUUCCUGGUGGCCUCCCACCAGGCCCUAUGAUGCAGCAGAUCUCCAGUCCGCCACCACAGCCACCGCCCCGGCCAGCACCACUGAAGGAGCACCCCAGAGUGGAGAACAGUGCUUUCUCAGCCCUGGACCCCCUGGGUGAGAAGGAGAAGAAGACUGGCAAGGACAUGUUCAAGGACUUCAAGCUGGCCAAGCCACCUGCAGUGCCUGCUAGGAGGAGUGAACAGAAGGAAGCUCCCAGCACCGACGGUGGUGCUUUCGACCAAUACUUCUCCGCCAAAGUGGGCCUUGCUCAGGAUGUAGCUGAUCAUGAUGACUUUGAUAUCAGUCAGAUAUCAGGCAAUGAGCCGCCCAAACCUGCGCCCCGGCAGUCCCCUCCAACCACUGCAGCCCCCGCCCUUGCGCUGGCUCCCACCCCUGCACUGGCUCCAGUCUCGGCUCCGGCCCCAGCACCAGCGGUAGCACCAGCCCAGGGCCUCUUUGAUGACCCUUUUGGGGCGCAACCGUUCGGAGCGCCUCCCAUCACAAACACUCAGGCUUUCCAACCCGCUGCUGUCACUGACCCCUUUGGAGAUCCCUUUGGUAACCCCUUUGCCUGAGUGCUACUUGCCCUGCUCCUGGUGUUAAUUCCCAUGAAGACUUUGCGUGGGCCAGAGCUUGUUUGAAGCAUAGUAACGGAGCCAGCUUCGAAGUCCAACUGAUGUGACCUGCUCAGGGCAGUCCAGAUGUGCUGUCUCUGGACUCACUCCUUACGUCACUCCAAUCUUCCCUCACCAAGUCUCUUUAUUGGACAGUUGAUAGCCCUUAGUUCAGUUUCUGGGAUCGCACUACCCUGUUCACAGCCCUUUGUACAUAUAUGAAUUGUUUGUAAGUGCAGUACUAGCAAUAACAAAUGAAGGGUAUCUGCAGAGAGAAAACACUUUCAUUUGCCAUCAUCAUUUGCCAUCAUAUUCGAGGAUUGCUCAAAAUGCAGACCCAAGCAUACACACAUAAAGGGAAAUUGGGGGAAAAAAACAAGCCAAAGUGUUUGACAUUAAAGAGAAGAAAAUUAAUUAAUGUGAGUACUUUGUACAGAGUGCAUUACAUUCAUGUAACACUCCUCCACAGCACUUUUCUAUAUUUCUGCAUCACAAGCUCAUAUUGUUGAGGGGAUAAUUUGCUGCUUUGAAAUGGAUGUAGAACAUGUUUUCACUACAUUUCCCUCCUAGGCUUACCCUCACCAUUGUUCACAGCUUGGUAUCAUCCUCAGUGUACACAUGGAUGUGGAUCCAGUGUUUUGUCAGAGCCAGCAGCAGUACCACUCUGGUGGAUCAUUCAUCUCUUAAAGUCCAUGAAUCCAUUAAGAGAGUCCAUUUCCUUCUUUAUUUUUGUUUCAUUGGCCCCUUGCUUCUGAACAUCUCAUUCCAAGCGCGCAAUCUUUUUUUCCUUUCUUUCUAGUGCAUGUAGCUUUGGUUUUAGCACUCAAUCCCAGAUUACUUUCUCUGUUCACUGAAUUUGAAUUAUGACAUGAAUGAGUUUUCUUGUAUAUUCCACUCUGUAUACAAUCCUUGAUCUUGUUCUCCUGAUCUAGUGAAAUAUAGCUUUAAAAUGCUUUUAUUCCAGAUCAUCUCAGGAUGUUGUGCAUUUCUGGCCUCAAGUCAAUUCAUUUAUUCCAGAACAUUAAAAACUUCCCUGCUGUGUUGGAUUUGAUUGACAAGUUUCAUGCAAAAUAAAGAAAUGUUUUUGCACAGUA